UCCACAAAAAGAGAGGUUCGCAUCAUACCAGCAAGCAGCCAGCAAAAAAUCAACAAUGAAUCAACAAAUGUCUUGGUUAACUCUCAUCCUUUUUGGGUUUUGCCUCACCUUCUGUUCCGAAUUCCCUCUGCGUAAAUACUACUACGUGGACAAGUCACUGACCUGGUAUGAAGCUCAGCAAUACUGCAGGGAGCAUUACUCAGACCUGGCCACAUUUGAGAGCAUGGAUGACAUAAACAGGCUGGAAGCUCCUUUUUCUUAUCAAUAUGCAUGGAUUGGCCUCUGGGAUGACCCAAACUCAUGGAAACAUCAAAUGGGCAAUGAGUCCAACUCCUGGAGAUGGUCUGCGACUGGAGAAACAAGUAAAACUGGCUAUCAAUCAUGGGGUUCUGGUGAUCCUGACUUCAAGGAUGGAAAGGAAACUUGUGUGAUGACGUCCAAUGAGGGAGCGUGGUAUGAUAAAAACUGUGAACACGAGCUUAAUUUUAUUUGUUACAUCGGUACGGAACAAAAUGUAAAACAAUAUGAGUACAUCUCAGCUCUCGAAACAUGGGGCUCUGCUCAGACCUACUGCCGAACACACUACACUGACUUGGCAACAAUUGAGAACGAAGCAGAAAACCUUGAAGUCAAAAACAUGAUUCCUGAGAGCGUCAGUGUUUUGAUCGGCCUGUACCGCAUACCUUUUUUGUGGUCAGACAAAAGCGUGAGUUACUUCCAAAAUGAUUAUCAUGAUUUCAUCCAUGAUAACAUACAAGGCGUUCAACAUUGUAUCCUGGAGUAUCCGUCACAUCGCUGGGAUGAUGAAGCCUGUAAUAAAGCUAACGUUUUUGUCUGUCAACAAGUGGUAAAGAUGACCACCACUGUAAAGAUGGCUACUGUGACUUGUGCCGACCUGACUGAUCCAGACAUCAGCGCCCAGGUCCUUCAGCAGCUUGGUGCUUUACUAAAAAGUCAGGGAUGGACUGAUUUCAAGAUUCAAUGGAAGAUGAAACCAAGAAAAAUGAGGAAAGAGGAAGGCGGAGCACCUUAGUGUAAAACAUUUGGUUGAUGUCCCCCUGCAGAU